CGCUCAACAAUACCACGCACAAUCAUUCAACGCUUGCCCAGGUGCAUCACAUCUCCCUUUGCGCAACUCUUCACAUAGAAUCACUUCAAAAUGGCUUCCCAUUUGGCCAACAUCUUCGGUACCGAACAGGACCGAGUCAACUGUUCCUUCUACUACAAAAUUGGAGCCUGCAGACACGGAGACCGUUGUUCCCGUAAACACAUCAAACCUCCCUUUUCCCAGACCAUCCUCCUCCCGAACGUCUACCAAAACCCGGGACACACGCCGCAGGGACAGAAUUGGACGAAGGAGCAGUUGCAGGCGGAUUUCGAUAGGUUCUAUGAGGAUUUCUACAUCGAACUAGCUAAAAACGGUCACCUGCACGAGAUGCACGUCUGCGACAACGUUGGGGACCACCUCCAAGGCAACGUCUAUGCGCGGUACGAAUGGGAGGCCGAGGCGUCUCGUGCGGUGCAGGACCUGAACACUCGGUGGUAUGCGGGUAAACCGCUCUAUGCGGAGUUGUCGCCGGUGACGGAUUUCAAGGAGGCUUGUUGUAGGCAGAACGAGAUGGGGGAGUGCACCCGGGGAGGGUUCUGCAACUUUAUGCACCUCUCCCAUCCAUCCCUAAACCUCGUCAAAUCCUUGGAACACUCUCAAAGGCUCGAGAUGCGUAAAGUCCAGGCCAACCCGCCGCAAGAUCCGUCAGGUCCUAACGGCAAUUCGAACGGAAACGGCGUGGGUGGAGGAGACGCACUGGGCUGGGUACCGGGAAGGAUGGCUACCGGAGGAGGUGGUGGUGGUGGAGGUGGGGACGCUGGAUGGGUACCGCCGGCAAAAGCGGACGAUGAGGGGGUUUACGAGGGUGAUAGUUGGAAGCCGAGUUAUUAGGAUGGAUUUCAGACUCUGGGGUCCUCGCCGCCACUUCGGGUCAGGACCGGGUUCGUUAGUUUUAUGUGUAUAGACAUGCAUGGGAUAUUACGGUAAUCAUGUUGUGCGUAUACGGGUCCG